AUGGCAUUUACAAAACAGCAGAGAAAUAAAGAAAAGUUCACCAGAGAGUAUAAGGUACGGGAGAUCCAAAAGAGUAUCACAAAGAAGACCAGAUUAAGAAAGGCAUACUUGAAGGCAUUGAAGGAUGAAGGGUACUCGGUUCCUGAAGCUCAGUCGCAAUCUCAAGUUAAACUGAGUGUUCGCGAUAUGAAAGAACAACGUUUGCGAGAGGGUAAAAAGAAAUUGGAUGAAAAGAAAGAGAUCAAGAGACAAAUACGUAAAAAUAAUGUUCAACAGGCUGUAGACCAUCGUCAGAGACAGAUAGAUCGUCUUCAUGAAUCCAAGGAGAAAUUUAAGCAAAGAGAACGUAGAUCAACGCAAUUAACCCAGCGUACAAGGACGGGACAACCUUUAAUGGGUCCAAAGAUAAACGAUCUUUUAGAUAAGAUUAAAAAAGAUGAUACUUAUACCCGUUAG